AUGGACCGGGCAGCAAGGCGCUGCCGAGAGGCGAACUUGGUGAUUCCGGACGAGAUCAUGAUCUACUUCUUCUUCGAGCACGCGCAGCUGUCGACGGAGCGGCAAGCGAACCUCCUCCUCCGGACAUCUGGCGAGUACGAUUGGAAGAAGAUGAAGCAGGCGGUGGAGCUCUUGUACCAGAACGUGGUGGUGAAAAGCGGAGCUCCUGGCCGCAACGAUCCGGGCCACCGUGGGCGACCCAGGGGUACACACGAGACUCAUCGUGAAGAGUGGGACCUUUGGGUAAGGACUCCGGAUUGGAACGCCACCGAGGACCAGCUCAACAACUUCCUCUACGACUACGACCCCGUGGAGAACCUGGCCGAGUGUGACCUGGCGAGCGACCUGCCGGAGGACGUCGCAAGGGAGCUCCACACGUGCUUCCAGACCCACCGGGAGAAUAGACAGCGGCUGGCGAAGGCGGUUCAGGCUCGUGGGUUCUACGUUGGCGGCUCUUCGAAGGGCAAAUCCAAAGGGUCAAAGGGCGCCUCUAAGGGCAAGGGCAAGUCCAAGGGCAAGAAGGGGUCCGGAAAGGCCCGUGGGAUGUCGUUGGACGAACUCAAGGCCAAGACGACUUGUGCAGCAUGUGGCCAAGUCGGCCAUUGGCGUGGGGAUCCUCAGUGCCGGGCUAAGUCGGCCAAUGAGGCUUCCCGAGCUGGCGCCGACGACCUCGAGGGCGACGCUGACGAUUGGUACGGCCAGGAGGGCGACUACACGCCAGAGCAAUGGGCUUCUUGGGAAGCGGAGCGCUAUGGGUACGAGGAUCGCUAUACCUACGUGGCUUCGAGACCCUCUCCAACUUCGACCUCAGCACCUUCGGCGGCCACGACCUCGGGCACUACCGGCGAGACGCAGUCGACCGAGACGCUCGACGCAGAGGCUCGGGCGGUCGCGAGGGGCAUCAACCGUGUUCGUGGUCGCAGCCAAGGCUGA